AGAAUAAAGUGUUUUAAGAAUUUAAAUUCUUUCUCUAAGAUUGUAGUAUACCACUAAUCAUGUUGUCUCCAUUGGGACAGCUCUUAAGCAAGUUGCACCCAUACCUUUGAAGAAGUAUCUCAGACCAUGCUCUUUAUAGCUCUGAUAAAAAGCCUCCCUGAUUGAUAGGUGCUGAUCUGAAUUUUGAAUAAUUGUUUUCACUAAGUCAAAGGGAUAUGUAGACAUCCAAGAAAUAACUCCUGCUAAACUUCCUAAAAUGAGCUGAUAUGACAGGGUUUUCCAAAACGAGUCAGAUUUCUUAAUAAGGUGUUUACUGCCUAUUUCAAAGAUACCAAAGUAAACUGCUCAUCCUGGCAUAUCUCUGAAGACUAAAGAAUCCUUGAUUUCUCACCAUAUUUGAAGCUAGCUUAAAAUAA